GCGGUAUAUUGCACGAUUUAUGCAGUCUUCCACAGGCAUUUGUGUGCAUACGUUUAUUUAUGAUAGGUAAGUAAGAUUUGCUUGAAAAAGGAUAUUUGCAUGCUCCUGUUCUUUGCCGCGCUAUUGCCAAUUCCUCAGCAGUCUAUCUCCUUUCAGAGGAGGGCACCGAGAUGCAGAGAAUAGAGAGAACUUAUCCAAGGCCACCGAGCCAGUAAGCUGAAAAGGCGGGAUUCAAACCCAGGCAGGCUGGCAUCUGAGUAAGUCCUCUUGACUCUCGGCCAUGCUGCCUCUCCCCACAGCCUGGACUUGAAUGCGGCCAGGGUGGCAACCUGGCAUGAGAUGUGCUUUGGCCAGCCCAACCAUGCCAUGGUGAGGAAAACUGGCCGAUUCUGCAUGGGAAGGUGAGGCCACAGAGGCCUGCGCAACUAUGUGAGGCCUUUCCCUUAGGGGUCUUGGGCAAGACUGGUUUUCUUGGAGCUUUCAUUGCUCAGAGAAAUAGUCCCUCCAGCUCCCAUUGGCCCUGUAAGAUGCCACGUUAGCCCACUGAAUCACGGCUAAGUCCAAAACCAGUGGGAGCAGAGAGAGAGCUGGUAUAGCGGGUCCACGUUCUCCUAACACAAGUGUCCAAGCUCCUUUCUCUGGAGAGGCAGCUGCUAGCAACCUUGGGAGCAUGCUCGUCUUGUGCCUGGUGCUCCUGUGCACCUUUUUUGUGGGAGUCUUCGUCUGGACUGUCCUCCAGCAUUUCCUCACCGUAGAUGUCCCCUCUACCUUGCAACAUCCCGCCAAGUUCAGAUUUCUGCAUUGCCUGUUCCUGUAUGCUUUAACUUUGGGGAAUAUAUUUGAGAGGCUGGGAAUCUGCUCCAGGCCCAGAUUUACCCAGUUACUGCAUAGUUUUGUGAACAAAAAGGAUGCUAGACUUGUAGUGACUGACCUGUAUUUUGGGACCAUACCUGUGAGGCUGUUCCAAUCCAAGGCAGAGUCCUCUAGCCCCUGGUGAAGCAUCAUCUUCUUCCAUGGAGGAGGCGGGUUCAUGGGGAACUUGGACUUGCACCACCACCUGUGCAAUUUUCUGGCCCUGGAGACUGAUUCUGUGCUGCUGUCUAUUGGGUACCGCAAGCUUCCUGAUCAUCAUUACCCCAGCAUUUUCUGAGAUUGCCUGAAUGCCUCCAUUCACUUCCUGAAGGCCCUGGAAACCUACAGGGUGGACCCCUCCCGGGUUGUGAUCUGUGGAGACAGCACUGGGGGAGCGUAUGUGGUCUGUGUCACCCAGGCCCUGGUGGGCAGAUCAGAUGUUCCCCAGAUCCGGGCCCAGGUCCUGAUUUAUCCACUUGUUCAGAUCAUCAGUUUGCAGCUGCCAUCUUACUGGCAGAGCAGAAAUGUCCUCCUGCCCCAGAAGUUCAUGAUGACAUGUAUGUUUAAAUAUAUGGUUAUCGACUUUCACUGGUGGGAAGCCAUCUUGGAUGGUGCCUUCAUGCCCCCAGACUUCUGGAGGAAGUACAAGCAGUGGCUCAGCUCUGACAACAUACCCAGGAGAUUCAGGAAGAUGCACCACCAACCUGUGUUUCCCAGCCCUUUUAAUGGGGCUGCCUAUCUGGAAAACAAACAUCUUUUGGAUGUAGACAAUGCCCCUCUGAUAAGAGAUGAUGAGACCAUUGCUCAGCUUCCCAAGGCCUUCCUGGUGAGCUGUGAGCAUGACAUCCUCCGUGAUGACACCUUGCUCUAUAUGAAGCGCUUGGAGGACCAGAGGGUCCCCGUGAUGUGGUAUCAUGUAGAGGAUGGCUUUCAUGGGUCCCUACUGCUUUUUGACAAGGAAAUUUUCUUGUUCCUGUGCUCCCUGAAAAUUGUGAAUGCUAUAGCCAAUUAUAUAAAGAGCAUAUAGCGACCCUGGGGUGCUGAUUAAGGAGAUGCUGAGUCAAUGCUCUGGUCACAUGAAAAGGAUAAGUCAGCUUAGAAUGGUUUUGCUUAGUAUUCCAGAAAAUCCAAAUUGUGAGCAACGCUUGCUAACAUUCUCACUCAGGUGAAAUAAAUAUCAAAGGGAGAGACAAAUGCCUUUAAAAACUUCUCAAAGCCCUAACACACAAGGUCUGUGAAGAAUAAAUGCUAACAACUGGUUAUUCUGUCCGUGUGUCUCUAAUCAUGGUGCAUCUAUGCUCAUGAUGCCAACGCAGGGCUUGGGGCCAUGGUGCCUGUUGGACGAGGGGGCACCUAAUUGUUCUUGGGAUCAUAGGUCACCAGCCAAAUUCCAACACACCAGUUAUAGAUCAGUCUCCAGCAGGAGAAAUGCUCUUGCAAUGAAACUCUUGCCUCACUUUAGCCAUCCUUGGACAGGACUAAAGGCAGGUUUCAGGGGAGGUGGUGGGAAAAGGAGAUGGAGAAGAGGGAAGGGAGAAGCAGUGAGGGAAAGAGUGGGCUCUGGGGGGCUGUGAAUGUGGUCUGGGCUCAAGUCUUUAAUCCGAAUUCCAAAAUCAGAUUCCUGGCUACCAAGAGGCAGGUUCUCAGAGCUAAGUCUGUCCUGGGAACCUCCAGAUGCUAUCUGGAAUAUGAAAACUGCAUUCUCCAAGACAGACAACUUACUAUACAUUCUUUCUUUGGUGAGCUUAUGUAUUGUUUCCACUUUUACAAAGAACCUUGCCUUAGGGGCGCCUGGACGUCUCCAUCAGUAGAGUACAAUCCUUGAUCUUGAGGUUGUGAGUUCAAGCCCCACAUUGGGUGUAGAAAUUACUUGAAAAUAAAGAAAUAAAAUCUUACAGAAAAGAACCUUGGCCUUGCUUAGUUCAUACCACUUUCUCUGCUCAUGGGGUAAGGAAAGAGAAUCUUGGUACUGCAUGCUGGUAUAGUCCACAUUAGUUUUUCCACUGGGCUCAUGUUUGCUAGAUACAUCUGUAAUGACACUGGGCUUCACUGCUGUCUAGACCCACCCAAGCACUGGAGUUGGAGGCUCCCUUCUGUUCAACCAUAGCCUCCCUUGGUACCAAGGACCCCGCCAAUGGUCAGUGGAGGAGGGAGUCUUACAGGUGUCUUGGAUCCUUGCAAAGAAGGCAAAUAUCUUUUUCCAAAAGGUAUUUCAUUUUACCAAACAGGCAGUUUGGACUGGGAUUCUCAGGACACAGGCAGACACAGAGUGGGAGCAGGGGAGUGGCAGAGAGAGAGAGACAUACACACAGAAUCUGAAGCAGGCUCCAGGCUCUGAGCUGACAGCACAGAGCCUGAUGGAGGGCUUAAACUCAUGAACUGUGAGAUCAUGACCUGAGCUGAAGUUGAACACUUAACCAACUGAGC